AUGAGGCUUCGGACGAAGUACGAAGGCCUCUUUGCGAACGUGCGCCGGAAGCUCUUCAAUGGACAGCCUUACCUGGCUCUGUACUGGUCCGGCUUAGUACAGCACAGAGGUGAAGCACCUUCGGCCGAAAAUUGGUGCAAAGCUGGUUGUGCGAAAGUGGCAACAUCGAGCAAGCCCAUGCGGCCAGAGGAUCUCAGGGCACAUGCGGAUUCGCUACUAUACGGCCGGAAGUGGCCAGUAUAUCUUGUAACCGACGAGCAGGAUCCAGAGACUUUGCACAAGUUCCGCAAGCUCGGCUUCCAGUUCCAUGCUGGUCAGGCCUUUGGGCUUACGUCCUUGGAGGCCUUCUUCGCCGACAUCUACCUCUAUGGUUGCUCAGCAGAGUCCAGCAUCUCACACUCAGCGGACGCGGGCCUCCAGUACUUCAUGCUGUCAUGGCAGCACCAUGCGAAAGGAGCCAACAUCUGCGACGAAGUCGCUACGCGGAUUGCUUGA